AUGUGCCACUGCAACGUAUGCCGACAUACAACGGGAUCGCUAGGUGCAUGGUAUGUGACACUCACUGGGGCGCCCAGUGAAAAGUCACUCACAUGCACCACUGCCUACAAGUCUUCCGAGAAAUAUACCCGGUAUUUCUGCAAGAAAUGCGGCUGCAACGUCUUCGUUCGCUCUGAAAGGGAUGGGAGAUGGUUGGCUUGUGCUGGCAUCUUAGAGAGAAGCGAGGAGGGUAUAGGCGAAGGGAGUCAUGUGAAAGGAAAGGGAAAUGUCACAAAUAUCAUGUGCCACUGGUACCUCGGCGACGCAGCGGAUGGUGGCAUCGCGCCAUUCCUCACGAAGCUCGGCGACCGCAAUGUCCCCUGCUAUAGGACCGAGCCAAGCAUCGAAGACAAUGGUCCCUUGAAGGAGGGCGACCUUCUACAACUCCAGGAGACGUCGCUGACUCGGCCGUCCUCAUCGCCCAGUAAAGGCCAAAUGAUUAAAGUCUCUUGCCACUGCGGUGGGUGUCAACUCCUCAUUGCCUCACCGCCGUAUACUUCCACCAGUGAAGGGUGGUUUGUACCUAAAAAGGAUCGCGGCAAAUACUACGCUCGCCUCUGCUGCUGUCGGUCUUGCCGCCUGACAUUAGGCUUCACCCUGCAGCCAUGGACGUACAUACCUCCAUCACAAUUCUUCACCCUGGACAAUGAACCAAUCGUUUUCGGGCCCCUGACAAAAGAAACGAGACAGAUUGACAAGCUCAGCCACUAUCAAUCCUCGGAGUUUGUGGUACGGAGUUUCUGCUCUGUAUGCGGGGCGACAAUCUUCUACCAGAGUUUUGAGAGACCAUAUAUCAUUGAUCUGAGUGUUGGUGUUUUGAGGUCGAAGAUGGGAAAUACGAUGGCUGGGGAGUGGUUGGAUUGGGAUAGGGAGAUUGUGAGCAAGAGGGAUGAGGCUAUUGAUGAAGCGUUAGUAGAGGCCUGGCUUAGGAAAUAA